AUGAAGCCUGGAGAGCAGUACUGGGCCCAUGUCUAUCUCGAGGGCAUGGACGGUGGGGACGGCGAUGGGGCCUUAUGGAGUGGCAUCCCUGUGCCGGUCCCUAUGAGGAUCUCGAGCCACUUCUGGGAAGAGCCCAGGAUUGUCAGUGUUACCACGAACAGUGUGGAGGUCCGGUUUGGGGCCAGUGCUGGUAGCGGCCGAGCCUGGAUGCAG